AUGACCGAGGAAAAAUCCUAUCCGGUUCCAUACCGCAGCCAGCUGCAAGAAAAGAUCGAGCCCGGACAAACGCUCAUUGUGAAAGGAUCGACGAUUGAUGAAAGCCAAAGGUUUACCAUCAACCUCCACUCAAAGGCGGCUGAUUUCUCUGGCAACGAUGUACCACUCCAUCUCUCGGUUCGCUUUGAUGAAGGAAAGAUUGUUAUGAACACGUUCACCAACGGCGAAUGGGGCAAAGAAGAGCGCAAAUCGAACCCGAUCAAGAAGGGUGAUUCGUUUGACAUUCGCGUUCGUGUGCACGACGAUCGCUAUCAGGUGAUCAUUGACCACAAAGAAUUCAAGGAUUACGAGCACCGCUUGCCACUUUCUCAGGUGACUCAUCUCUCUGUGGAUGGCGAUCUCUACUUGAAUCACAUCCAUUGGGGAGGCAAAUAUUAUCCAGUGCCUUAUGAAUCAGGAAUCGCUUCUGGAUUCCCGGUUGGAAAAUCUCUGCUCAUCUUUGGUGCCUGCGAGAAGAAGGCUAAGAGAUUCCACAUCAACUUGCUUCGCAAAAAUGGCGAUAUCGCUUUGCACUUGAACCCACGUUUUGAUGAGAAGGCUGUGGUGCGAAACGCUCUUGCCGCAGGAGAAUGGGGUAACGAGGAACGCGAAGGAAAGAAUCCUUUCGAGAAGGGAGUUGGCUUCGAUCUUGCAAUCACAAAUGAGCCUUACGCAUUCCAAGUUUUCGUUAAUGGCGAGCGAUACUGCACUUUUGCUCAUCGUUCUGAUCCAAACGACAUCUCGGGCCUUCAAAUUGCCGGCGAUCUGGAGUUGACGGGAAUUCAAAUUCAA